GGCACGCGCCCAAGGGCGUCCCGGCAUCCCGUCGCUUAGGACCCUUCGAGAGACUGGAGGGUAGCGAGAACCUCUUGAUACUACACACAGUUGGAUGAGGUUGGGACAAGGUUUUCCGCCAGCAUGAUAGCAUGAUAUGGUGAUGACAGACGCUUCGAGCAACGCUCAUGGACCGCUGAAACCAACACUCGCUUCCAAACGCGCUCCGCGCACGCCUCUCACUCCUCGAAUCGCAGGCAACGCGCCGGCGUCAGCCAUAUCUACAAAGUCUGAGCCCCUGCGGCUUACGCCACGACUGAAGCAGGAGGAGUCGUCGCUCACGGAUGCGCUGACGACCGGCAACGUCACGCCGCGAUCUUCAGCCCGGAAUUCACGAGCAGACAGCAGUCAGAGCACGCCCACACGGGCAGAUGAGACGCCGAGCUUGUCUCGACCGCGUACGACAAUAGGUGGCGAGACCGGCGGCGCAAUCAAGACGGCACCAUGCAAUGUAAGGUCUAGUCGAGCGAGCAGUGUGGCGAGCAAUAAGGGUUCAGUGAGAGGCCCUUCACCACCCUUGGUACGCUCAUCAGGACGCCUCGAUCUCCACCAGGCAGACGAAGAUGGUGGCACUGAUAGCCGUUUCUUCCAUGCGAGCGACGUAACGAAACAAGAGGCCCCGCCGAAGAAGGUAGCGAACCGGAAAACGCCGACAUUCUUCUAUGCAGACGGCAAGCUGGAGAAUGGCAAACGUACUUCACCUCGAUCAACUUCUCCGGUCCUAUCUGCAGUUUCGGAGAAACGCUUCUCGGCUUCCAGGAUACGUCCAGAUACAGCAUCGAAUCCGUCUCGGAGCCCGCCAAUGCUUUCACCCGCUCUAAGCUCUGUGUCAACCAACUCACCCUUCUUCACCGCCGCAGUCGGCCACCAAAAGCCGCGCUCGCCAUCGCCGAGCAAGGAAAACAUUCACCUGUCCUACCGUAAAGGCGCAUCCCAAAUCAUUGGUACGCGGCCUCCACCGCGCGGCACCGAUGGCUCUUCGAAUCUGCAGUCUCUUACCGAAGAGAGACGAAGCAGUCUUUCCAGCGCUUUCACACCUCACCGCAAGUCGCCAAGUCUAUCUUCGAUCGAUUCAGGCCAUUCCACUCAGUCGCGACGUCGUUCGGCCACGCAUAUCGAUACGACGCCAACACCAUCUCCCCUUAACCACGAGGUCAAGUCGGCGACGAUACCACGCAUGACGAAGCAAGCGCCAUCUAUUGACACAGCCCUAACAAGCGAAGCGUCCUCGGCCACCGAAUCCAUGUUGAGUCCGACCAAAUCCGUGUCUGAGCUCGCUGCCGAUGCUCGUCGAGAGCGCAAAGUGCUCGAUCUGGAGAUCUCAAACAGCUCUUUGCUCGCCAUUAACUCUUCCCUUGAACGCGAAGUGCGACGACAGAAAGCAGAACUCAAGCGCUUCCGUCGGCUGUCGCGCGCAGGACGCUUUUCCUUCCAUGCGAGUGGACGCUCAGCACGGUUCUCCGAAGGUUUAUCUGUGCAUGGCGAAGACGAGAUUGAGGACGGUGAUUACGCCGCUUUCGGACCGCCGUCGGGCUUCACCGAUGUGUACGAUGACUUCAGCGACGAUGAUGAGAGUGAGAGCACCGCCUCUGGCGCGCCUUUGAGCCCAACAGCUUCAGCGAAUCGGGAAAGCGACCGCUUAGUCAAAGACGAGCGGCGGCUGCGCGUUGAUCUGGAGAAGCACAAGGAGCUUCUUGUGCAAAGCCAGAUGAUGAACCAGAGUCUAAAGCGCUGUACGUAUGCUACGGAGCAGAUGAUACGGGACGGCAACAGAGCACUAGUAUAUAGGGUCAAAGUGUCAGACGUCAAGCUUGGGGGUCGGAUCCUGAGCGAUCGCAACGAGGACGAGCUAGACGAAGUCGAUUUCGAAGAGGACACGCACAGUGAAGGCGGUGACAGAGACUCGGGGAUUGAAGUUGAGAAACCAGCUGGGAUGCCCAGUGCGGAGGAUGAAGGAGCAAUGGAAGACAGCGGCAGGCCGCCCGAUGGUGUUGCCACGUGA